AUGAGUGCGAUGCUGGAUGCUCUUGUUGGAAACAAGGUCGAAAUUGUUACGAAUGAUGGAAGAGUUGUAGUUGGCAUCCUAAAAGGACUUGAUCAGGUGGUCAACGUGGUUCUAGCAAAUACUGAAGAAAGAGUGUUCACGCCCGAGGGAGUCGAUCGCCAGGCCCUCGGACUUUACCUGAUUAGAGGAGACAAUGUCGCCGUUAUUGGCGCCGUUGAUGAAAACACAGAACUUGGGAUGGACUUUUCUACAAUCAAAGCCCAGCAACUACCGCCAAUCGUCCACGACUAA